AUGCCAAAAGGAGUCCGACCUGUGGGGAGCAGGGGCCCCCAGGGGCCCCCCGGGGGCCCCCUCUCCUCUGAGAAAGGGGGGGAGGCCUCUAGCAGCUUUGCCGAUAUACCCUAUAUGUAUAAACGCAACCAUGCAGCAGAAGAUGAAGCUCCGCUGCUGCUGCUGCAAGAGCAGGAAGAAGAUAAGCAUCCAGUUGAUCUGCAGCAGUUGCUGCAGAAGGAGAAGUUGCUGCAGCAGCAGCACCAAAUGCUUGUAAGGCAGCAACAGCAGCACCUGCUGCAGCAGCGACAGAGGCAGCGCGCUGCAGCUCAGGUGUCUAGGGACCUCCUCUUCUCGUUUCCUCGCGAAGCUGUGCAACAGCAGCAGCAGCAGCAACAUCAGCAGCAGCAGGAGCAAGAAGACGAUGAGGAGCCGCUGCUGCAGCUUCCUGAUGUCUCCCUGUCUCCUUCUGUCCCGUUGAGAGACUUCUUAAAGGCAAGAGACUCUGAUGCUUCUCGAGAGUUGUUUUCUGCUUCUGCUGCUCUCAGUCCGCAGCAGUUUGCUGCUUCACUUCAUCCCCGCUCUCCUCGCACUGCAGAAGGGCACCUCAUAUCCCCCCCUGCAGCAGCAGCAGCAGCAGCAGCAGCAGACGGGAGGUUUGCUGCUGGAUCAAGUGCGCCGCCAGCGUGCGGACUCCCCCUCAGUCCUCAUGGGAUAAAAAAUAUUUCUCUGUCUCCUAAUGCUGCUGCUGCUGCUGCUGCUGCCGCUGCGGGGCGGCAACAGCUCUUCGGCGUCGAGGACGCAGAAGCAGUAGCAGCAGAAGCAGAAGCAGCAGCAACGGCAGAGGCAGCAGCAGCAGCAGCAGAUCCUGUGCUGCAGCGCCCAUGCCGCAGCCGCCGCGAGGUGAUCUCUUCUGUCUCCUCUUGGGGCCUGAAAACUGCAGAGAGAGCAACAGCAAGAACCCCUGGAGAUACAGCAGCAGCAACAGCAGCAGCAGCAGCAAAGAAGUUGGGCGAUGCAGCAGCAAACCCGCUAUCUCUGGGUAUUCAAUAUCCACCUGCUGACAAACUAGUUUCUCUUGCAGCACCGCAGCAGCAGCAGCUACCGGUGCUGCCUUCCCGCUCCCUGCUGCAGCCUCAGCGGCACCUUACUGCUGCUGCUGCCGCUGCUGCCGUUGCUGGCAGCAGCAACAGAAGCAGCGGCGGCAGCAGAAGCAGCCACAGGAGCAGCAGCAGCAGACUCGAAGAGCGACAUAUUCCUGCUGUUUCUCCUGGCAUUGCUGGUUCUGCUGCUGCUUCUGCUGCAGCAACAGCAGCAACAGGCAGCAGGAGGGUGUCUGCGCAGCAGACGACUGCAUCACUUCGGAGUUUUUCUUCUCGUUCUUCUGCUGCAGCAUCGUGGGCGGUGGGUCCAGCUGCUGCUGCUGCUGCUGCUGGGGCUCUUCCCCUUAAUCAAAGAGCAGACUUGCUGCUGCCUUCUGCUGCUGUGUCUCCUUCUGCUGCCAGCUUCAAGGAGCAGCGCAGCAACAGCUUCCUUGCUGCUGCAGCACCCGCAGCAGCAGCAGCGCCUGCAGCAGCAACAACACCGAGACCACCACCAACACCAGUACCAGCGCCAACUGCAGCAACAGCAACAGCAGCAGCAGAAGGGGAGGCAGCACCUGCUGCUGCUGCAGCAAGAAGAGAACCUGGAGAGACACAAAGCUUGAGGCAAUCAGCGCUGCUGCGGAUAGAGAGGGGGGCCCACAGGGGAUUUACUUCUCUUGGCGCGCAUGAAAGAGCAAUCUUUGCUGCAGCAGAGGCAGCAGAAGCAGCAAGAAUUGCAGCAGCAACAGCAGCAACCAAGCCCGCAGCAGCAGCAGCUGCUGCCGCUGCAGCAGAGCAGCUGCAGCUGCUGCAGUCCUCCGCAGCAGCAGGGGGCUCCCUGGCUGUCUGCGACCGCCAGCCCCUCAGGCGCUCCAUAGGGCCCCUCAAGUGGGGCCCGUCAGCAGCAGCAGCAGCAGAAGCAGCAGCAGCAGGACAGGCUGGUGCAGCAGCAACAGGAAUAUCCCUUGGCUCUCCUUCUAGUCGCCAGGAAGGCCUCUACACUGCACCAGCAGUGGAGACAGCAGCAGCAGCAGAAGCAGCGCGCUUCGCAACUCCUGGGGCCCCUGCUGCUCUGCCGUUGCUGCGCGAAGGGCCCCUGGUGAAGCGCAUGGAGCCCAGCAGCAGCAGCAGCAGCAGGCUUCCUCACGCGGAUGGAGGCACUGCAGCAAGAGCAGCUUCUCCUCAGGGCAGCCGCUGGCGUCUCUGCGUCGGUCCCUUAGCAGCAGCACUGCGGCAUUCUACGGAAAGCCAGCAGCAGGAGGAGCAGCAGCAGGAACAGGAGCAACAGCAGCAGCAGCAGCAGCAGCAGCACCGUUGGGGAGCUCGGGGGCCCUCUGAAGGCAAUGCCUCCUUAAAGGGCCCUCUGCAGCUCUCUUUGCCUCAUAUAAGCCCAGGGGGCCCCCCCCCUUCUGCUGCUGGGGGCCCCUUGCGGCAUUCACCCCAAGACCCUGCUGCUGCAGCAGUGCAUGCAGCAGCAGCAGCAAACGCAUGCACAGGGCAGCUACAGCCGCGCCUGCAGCAAAUAAAUGGAGGCACUGCCCUUGGACGCUUUAAGGAGAUGAAAAGCGCUGCACUGCAGCAGCAGCAGCAGCAGCAGCAGCAGGUGCAGUUGCUGCAGGGCCAUACAAGGAUAGCAGCAGACAGUGAAUUUAAGCCUGUCUCCCCGGAGUGUAUGUGGAGCCUCCACGUGCCGUCAGCUUGCCGCUGCAGCUGUCUAGACACCCACAGCAGCAGCAGCAGCAAUGGCAGCAGCAGCAAAGUUCGUAUGGCACGGGGACCUGAAGGCUCGCUGCUGCUGGAGCUGCGGCGCUGCAGCAGAUGCGGCGGCUUCCCGUUGGCUUCCUUCGACUAUGGAGCAGCAGCUACCAGCUACGCCCAGUAG